AUGGAAAAAAGUCUAUCUCCUUUGUCGGAGUAUAUUUUACGUUUGAAUACAUCCGACUCUCAGUAUCCAUGUACUGAUGAAUUUCAAAACGUUAGGCACGACAUUAAUCAAAUGUGUGAAACGGUUGUAGAACAAUUAAAAGAAAAGUAUAAACUAUUUGCCGACUGCAGACUAUUGAAAGGCGGUAGUGUUCAUGAACAAUUGAAAAUCGGACAACUAGAUGAAUUUGAUUUUAUGAUUGAAAUGCCUCAAUUAGCCGACAAAAGUGUGCUUUCAUUUACAAUUUCAAAAAGUACAGCUAACAUUAAGUAUCGCUGGAAAACGUUGAGUAUACUCAACGAUUUGUUGCCGAUUGAUGCUAAGCAGUUAAUCUCACAAUUUGAUAUGCUUCCAGUUUGGUACGUUGUUAAAAAGACAUGCGCACAGUUACUCGAAGAGU